AUGGGGCACGCCCUGUCUCUGGAUCUUUGGAGGCAUCNUAUAAUCAUAAAAGGAGCAAUAGCCCCAGAUGAUACGUACGAGUUUUUAGUCUCCCUGCAAAAAAACGAGAAACAUCUGUGCGGAGGAUUCCUGAUCAGCGAAGACUUUGUGCUCACUGCUGCGCACUGUAGCGUCGAGGAACCGGACAGGGUCGUUGUUGGCGCUCACGAUCUCAGCAAAGUUGGUGAAGAAAAUGGUGAUUCUGGUGGUCCUCUGGUGUGCGACGGGAUAGCUGUUGGUGUUGUGUCUUUCAACAACAACAACAACAACAUCUGUGACUACCCAAAUUAUCCCAACGUCUACACAGAGAUCUCCAAAUACCUUGGCUGGAUCAACAGUAUCAUCAAUUAAAAGCU